GAUUGUGUCAAUUGUUUGUAGUUUCCUGGUUACAGGGAGAAUCGUUGAAGUGAUGUGAGACCGUCGGUGCAUGAAACCAGUGAAUUACAGCAGAAUUGGAAGUAAAAGACAGAGGACGACCCAUGGAGAUCUUCAGCUGACAGGAGGAGGACACCAGCUACGACAGGCAAAAGACCAAUCCAAGGUACAAUGGAAUGAAGUCAAGAUUCAAAAAACAGAAUCAUCUGAAAAAUCAACAAAUAGAAGGCCUGGGAGUUCUCUAAAACAGACCUUUGAUCAUUCUUUUGUUGGAAAAAGUCCAAGAUCCAGAACAACAGAAUCUCGAUACUUGGGAACAUUAGAAAUCUUGGACACGAAGUCUUCAGGAAAUGCAACGUUUAAAUGUGAAACUGCAGACACAAUCAGAGCAUCCAUAUAUCAGGUAUGGCUAGAAAAGAAAAAACAAGUUGUUCAUGAAGAGCAGAAAAAACAAAAGCUGAAAGAACAGCAAGAAACUGAGAGGAGAGAGCAGGAGAAGCUUGAAAGCAAAAAGGAAGCAAAGGUUUCAUUUGAGGCCUGGAAGGCAAAGAAAAAAAGUGUGCUUAAAGAAUCCUCCAGCAAGAAGAAAGAGGAGGAAAAGAAAAAGCAACAAGCAGAAGUAGAGAAUGAACAGCGGAAGGAAGUAGCAAAGAAGGCAGCUUUUGAAAAAUGGAAAGAAGAGAAAGAUACGCAUCAGAUGGAAAAGCUUAAGAAACAAAAAGAAAUUGAGAAAGAGAAAAAGAGAAAAGAAAGGGAACAUGUAACUGAAAAGAAGACAGAAAAUAUUGCAGCAUUAAUUAAGUGGAAUUCAAAUAAAAAAGUAGAAUUGAAGCAAAAGAUGAAGAAAAAUGCUGAGGAAGAACAGAAGAAGAAAACUGAAGAAGAGUACACGAAGUAUGAGAGAGAAGAGAUGGCAUCAGUAAUGUAUAAGAAAUGGCUGGAACAAAAGGAAAAGCAGCAAAGGCAUGAUAAGAAGCAAAGGAAAAUCAGGAGAAUUUUGCAACAUGGUGAGCCAUCACCUCCGUGGAGCCCCCCUAAUAAAACAAUACCAUUUGGAAAAUGAACAUUAUGCAUCCAUGGUGAAUAAAUCUUAAAUUUUGCUUUUUCACUGUAUGAGUAGAGUACAUUUUAAUCUGUAUCUUUAAAACAAAAGUUCCUAUAAAUAAACAUAUCUGUACAUAGUUGCUUGUAAUACUACUACAUUUCCAGUCCUACCAAUGAGGCGGUUGCUCGAGAUCUGGUCCCAGGAAAUGAGGCAGAGGAGGGGGGCAUUUGGCAGAUAUCAAUCACAACAUAAUAAAGUUAAAAAAAUAUAAGUUUGUUUAAAUGUAAAACUCAGUCAGUGAUUAAGAUCCCAGUCUGGGCAGAUGUUAGGGGUCUAAAGUUGAACUGGAGCACAUUGAUUGGACACACAUUUUGUUGGAUAAAAUAGUUGCUGAAAAUGGGAGAAUUUCAAAAGGGAGAUGAAUAGCUGUAGCUAAGUACAUAUCCUUGACAAAUGAAUAUUAGUAACUAAAGCUAGAGUACCCUGGAUGACUAAGGAUAUUGAUGAGAAAAUAAAGGAAAUAAAGGAGGCAUUUGAUACAUGCUGAACCAACAACAGCAAUAGAAAUCAGAAAGAGUAUCUCAAAUGCAAAAAGAAGCUAAGGCUAAAAUACAGGGAGGCUAAGAAGAAGCAUGAGACUGAACUAAAACAAGUAGCAACAAGUUCUUCACAUAUGUGAGUCGUGAGUUCAUGGAAUGCCCUGCCAGUAGCAGUGGUGGACUCUCCCUCUUUAUGGGCAUUUAAA